AUGGACGACAGCGGGAAAGACUCAUCUGAAAAGAUUGUUGUAGAAACAGACCCCGAUGGUCGGUAUCAACGGUAUACCAAACAGUUGGGCCAAGGUGCCUACAAAACGGUGUACAAAGCUUUCGACUCAGACACUGGCUUAGAAGUGGCAUGGAAUCAGGUCCAAAUUGGAAAACUGGAAGGAGAAGCAAAGAAGCAAUUUAUUGACGAAGUGACUAUGCUCUCGAGGCUGAAUCACAAGCACAUCAUACAGUUUCAUGACUCCUGGGAGGACCAUGAGAAGCAUCAGGUUAUCUUUAUCACCGAGCUGAUGACCUCGGGAACUCUCAAGAGUUUUGUCAAGGCAAGAAAGGUGAAUUUGAGGAUGGUCAGGAAAUGGUCCAAACAAAUUUUGAGUGCUUUAAAGUAUUUGCACGAAGAGGUAAAAUUUGAAGACCCCCCGGGAUCUGGAAACUGGGUUGUCCGACCGAUUAUUCAUCGAGAUCUCAAAUGUGACAACAUUUUCAUAAAUGGAAAUCUGGGAGAGGUCAAGAUUGGGGACCUUGGCUUGUCGACCAUGAUGUCUCAGACUCAUGCAGCUACCGUAACAGGCAAGUCUUUUCAUCGUACUCCUGAAUUCAUGGCGCCUGAAUUGUACGAAGAGCAAUACAACGAAAAAGUUGAUAUUUAUGCUUUUGGAAUGUGCAUCUUGGAGAUAUUUUCAGAUGAAUAUCCCUACAGUGAAUGCACCAACCCAGCUCAAAUCUUUAAGAAGGUUUCACAGGGUAUUCCUCCUCGUGCCUUGUUGAAGAUGGAAAAUGUUGCUGUGAAGCACUUCAUUGAGUUGUGUCUUGCCAAAGAAGAGGAUCGACCGACAGCGUCUCAGCUUCUUGAACACGAUUUCCUUCGAGAUCUUGAGGACCCACACCAAGAUGACUAA